AUGGCGUUCGAGGCGGCUGUGGUGGGGCUGCCCGGCAACUCGUAUGCCUUCACCAACUGCGUGUACGUGCACCUGGACGACUUCAUGGGGCUCGUGAAGCAGACGCCCCCGGGGGUCGUCACCAAGGAGGAUCUGCGCGCGCACGGACUCAACGUCUGGAUCAACCGCAAGUUCGUCAUGGCUGCCAAGCCGCACAAGGAGAUCCAGCCGGGCACCGUGGCCGUGGGCACCAUGCAGCGCAUGUGCGUGGGGCUGCCGCUGAACCAGGCCUGCGAAGUGUCGGUCUACGCUCCGUCGAGUGCCGCCAAGAGCGUGCUGAGCACCGUCACGUUCGAGAUCCAGCAGGUGCUCACGCGCGCGCAGGGCAACGAGCUGCGCGUGGUGGACUGCAGCCUGCUCAAGGACCUCUUCGAGGCCGAGUACACGCACCAGGUCUUCGCGGUGGGGCAGCUCAUGGCUGUGCGCUGCGACGGUCUCCCGCUGCGUCUGCAGUGCAUGAGCAUCGACACGGUGGACGGGGACAGCAAGAGCCCCGACUCCUUCGCCCCACGGGUCGGGGCCUUCCUCAAUGGUUCCAUCAUCAACUUCACCAAGGGGAAGGACGCCCCCAUCCGACUCACCAACCAGUCCAGCGGCACGACGCGCACCGUGUUCAAACCCGACUUCGACUUCACCAAGCUCGGCAUCGGCGGCCUGGACAAGGAGUUCAACGACAUCUUCCGCCGCGCCUUCGCCUCGAGGCUGUUCCCCACGGACGUCAUCCAGAAGCUCGGCAUCCAGCACGUGCGCGGUAUGCUGCUGUUCGGACCGCCCGGUUGCGGUAAGACGCUGAUCGCGCGAAAGAUCUCGCAGGCGUUAACUGCGAAGGAGCCCAAGGUGGUCAACGGCCCCGAGAUCCUCGACAAGUUCGUCGGUGAGUCGGAGCGCAAGAUCCGCGAGCUGUUCUCGGACGCGCGCAAGGACCAGGAGGAGCUCGGCGACGAGAGCGACGUGCACAUCAUCAUCUUCGACGAAAUCGACGCUAUCUGCAAGCAGCGUGGAUCGAGUCGCGACGGCACGGGAGUCGGUGACAGCGUGGUGAACCAGCUUCUGACGCAGAUCGAUGGUGUCGACAGCCUGAACAACGUUCUCGUCAUUGGUAUGACGAACCGAAAGGAUAUGCUCGAUGAAGCCCUGAUGCGUCCGGGUCGUCUCGAGGUGCAGAUUGAGAUCAACCUGCCCGACGAGAAGGGCCGCGCUCAGAUCCUCAAGAUUCACACGGACCGCGCUCGCGAGAAGGGAGCGCUGCACCCGAAGGUCAUCGCAGACUUGGACAACUGCCUUGACCCGUCCAAGUUCGUGAGCGACGACCCUGACUACAAGAACCUCGUUCAGCGCACCAAGAACUUCUCGGGUGCUGAGCUUGAAGGUUUGGUCCGUGCUGCUACAGCACACGCCCUCUCUCGCGGAACCGAUGGCCGGACCAUGCACGCCAUCACAAACUUCAACCCGGAGAUCUCGAUGGAGGACUUCGCUCUGGCGCUGCAGGAGGUAAAGCCCAAGUUCGGCGCCCCGAGCGAUCAGCUCUCGCUCUACUACAAGAACGGGCUGAUUCCGUACGGCAACUCGUUCACGGACGUCCGCGAGGCGCUGAGCCGUGUGAUCGAGCAGGUCCGCUCGAACGAUAAGACGCCGCUGAUGUCGGUGCUGCUCCACGGCGAACGCGGCGCCGGCAAGACUGCGCUGGCCACGUACUGCGCUGUGGCAAGCGAGUUCCCGCUCGUGCGCAUGGUCAAGGCAUCGGAGCUCAUCUCCCGCGCGGAGAGCGGCAAGUGCUCGUACAUCUACAACGUGUUCGAGGAGGCGUACCGAUCCCCGCUCAGCAUCAUCAUCCUGGACGACAUCGAGCGGCUCAUGGACUACGUUGGCCUGGGGCCGCGCUUCUCGAACCUGGUGCUGCAGGCGCUCAUGGUGCUGGUGCGCAACCCCGUGCCCGUGGCCGGCCGCAAGCUCGUGGUGAUCGGCGUCACGUCCAACAUCGCGGCCAUGCAGGCGGUGGAGCUGAGCGACGUGUUCGACCUGUGCCUCGAGGUGCCGCAGCUCACGCAGAAGCACGAGCUGGACGCCGUGCUGUCGCACACGGGGCUGCCCGUAGCGGACGACCAGAAGGACCAGGUGCUGACGCUGUUGUCGGACCGCCCCAUCUCGGUCAAGAAGCUGCUGCUGGUGACGGAGAUGGCCAAGGAGGAGCUCAACCGCACGGGCGAGAGCAACAUCACGGCGGAGCAGCUCAUCGAGUGCGCCUACAAGUUCGUGUAG